CCGCCGCGCGGCUGAACUAAGUGGAGAAAGGGAAGGAGCGCGCGGUAACUGAAGGAUACGUCAUCAGAGCGCCCCGGAAGCGGCCCGAAAAUGAAGAAUCCCCCAGGUGUGGUCUACCAUGCCUUUUCUCAGAAAGAGGCAAAGGAGGUCGGUGUUCAGCACUCGGGAGCCCAGCGGUGCGAGGCCUUCGUGAGGGCCUUCCUGAAGCGCUGCACGCCCCGCAUGAGCCAGCAGGCGCGCGAGGACCAGCUGCAGCGCAAGGCCGUCGUGCUCGAGUACUUCGCCCGCCCCAAGCGAAGGGACCGGAGAAAGAAAGCCAAGGGCCUCUCCGCCAGGCAGAGGAGGGAGCUGCGGCUCUUCGACAUCAAGCCGGAGCAGCAGAGGUACAGCCUUUUUCUGCCUCUGCACCAGCUCUGGAAACAGUACGUGCGGGACCUGUGCAACGGCCUCAAGCCAGAUACGCCUCCGCAGAUGAUCCAGGCCAAGCUGCUGAAGGCGGAUCUUCACGGCGCUGCGAUUUCAGUCACGAAAUCCAGGUGCCCCUCUUACGUGGGCGUCACAGGGAUCCUCCUGCAGGAAACAAAGCACGUUUUCAAAAUCAUCACCAAGGACGACUGCCUGAAAGUUAUCCCCAAGCUUAACUGCGUGUUCACCGUGGAAAUCGACGGCUUCGUUUCCUACAUCUACGGGAGCAAGUUCCAGCUCCGGUCCAGCGAACGGUCUGCCAAGAAGUUCAAAGCGAAGGGAACGAUCGACCUGUGACCUCUUUGCCACCUCGCUUUGUCGACCGCUGGAAACUGAAGAUGCACCCCCAAUUCCCACCUUCCAGCAGAGAGAGGGUUAAGCCAGCCUGGUCACAGGCAACGCCCAGCCGGUGAAGACCGGAGUGAAGGACACUGACUGCCAGGGAAAGACGCACAGUGUGCCGGGUGAGGGCGUCGGGGAGCAGAGGGGCCCGUGUUUCCGGGUGAUCUUGGCCGUGUGUCGCGGCAGAACCCACCAGGACUUGCAGACUGGUCGGCCUGAAUCGCAGGCUGUCGGUAUAUUUUUUUUUUUUUUUU